CCACAGAUUUCCGUGUCACGCCAAGGCUCGGAAUUGCAACGUCGACCAUGUCUUUUGCUCGUGGACGCGCCUUUGCGGCCUUCCAGUCUUCUCUCAAAUUGCUGCAGCUGUCGUCUUCGAUGUCUUCCCGUUCUCUGCCUUUAACUCGCCGGCUUUUGUCGACAUCGGCAUCUAUUCGCCAGCUACAAGGCUUGAAAUCCAACAAUACCGACCUCGAGAGUGACAUGAAGCUUUUGCACCAUCAUCGGAGCCAUGACCCCAGACUGUUCGACGAGGCUGGCCGUGACCUCAAUCCGUACAGAGAGGGUCCCAGUGCUGUUGACAAGGCCGUGCAUUUGUUCUUCCUUACCGAGAUCGUGAGAGGAAUGUGGAUUGUCUUAGAGAACUUCUUCCGCCAACCGUACACGAUCAAGUAUCCUUUUGAAAAAGGCCCCUUGUCGCCGAGGUUCAGAGGAGAACAUGCUUUGCGCCGCUAUCCCAGUGGUGAGGAGAGAUGUAUUGCUUGUAAGCUUUGCGAGGCCAUUUGCCCCGCCCAGGCUAUUACCAUUGAAAGCGAGACUCGAAUGGAUGGGUCAAGGCGAACAACGAAAUAUGAUAUCGACAUGACGAAAUGUAUCUACUGCGGCUUCUGCCAGGAAGCUUGUCCAGUGGAUGCCAUCGUUGAAACUCAAAACCAAGAAUUUGCUACGGAGACGCGCGAAGAGCUGCUGUACAACAAAGAGAAGCUUCUUAUGAACGGGGACAGGGCUGAGGCUGAAAUCGCUGCCAACCUUUACGCCGAACAUGUCUACCGGUGAAAAGCAGGCCUAGUCUGACAGAGUAGCGGGGUAGCUAAGGUGGUGUAAUCUAAUAUAUCAAUCCAUAAGGAUACUGGACAACUAUUGACCGAUGAACAAACCUUUCUAUACUCGUGAGACGAGUUCUAUGCUCAGGAGUUCGG